ACUAUUGAACAGGUGUAUUUUAGGUCACGUGGGGACUGCAUCCACCUGAAAAUCCACCGUUGACUUAUCAGGAAACUCAGAGAUCAGGAUCUUUCACAGAGUAGUCUUUUAAGAAGAUUCAGUUGUCAACAGCUAGCAGUCUCUUUGCCAAAUAAUUAUAUCUGUGACUUCUGAAACUAUUUGGCUGCCUAAAGUUAAAGGACUUGGGGAAAGUCCUUCCACUGCUCUUCUGCAGCGGUGUCACACCACUCAGUGCAGGGCCCAUCAAGAAGAAAGCAGUGUCAGGAUCCACAUGGCACUAUGGUAACUUUGUGAAAGGGGACAUUUUCUCCCUCUGAACUUCUCUUCAUAAAGUCAUUGUGCUUCCUCUCGGGGAUCACCUAUUCAGUCUCAAUGGGCUUUGAUGUGCUCCUGGAUCAAGUGGGUGGCAUGGGGAGAUUCCAGAUUUGUCUGAUAGCUUUCUUUUGCAUCACCAACAUCCUACUGUUCCCUAAUAUUGUGUUGGAGAACUUCACUGCAUUCACCCCUGGUCAUCGCUGCUGGGUCCCCCUCCUGGACAAUGACACUGUGUCUGACAAUGAUACUGGGACCCUCAGCAAGGAUGACCUCCUGAGAAUCUCCAUCCCACUGGACUCAAACCUGAGGCCACAGAAGUGUCAGCGCUUUAUCCAUCCCCAGUGGCAGCUCCUUCAGCUGAACGGGACCUUCCCCAACACAAAUGAGCCAGACACGGAGCCCUGUGUGGAUGGCUGGGUGUAUGACAGAAGCUCUUUCCUCUCCACCAUCGUGACUGAGUGGGACCUGGUAUGUGAAUCUCAGUCACUAAAAUCAAUGGUUCAAUCCCUAUUUAUGGCUGGGUCACUGCUGGGAGGUCUAAUAUAUGGCCAUCUUUCAGACAGGGUUGGACGGAAGAUCAUAUGCAAAUUGUGUUUCCUCCAGCUGGCCAUCUCUAACACCUGUGCAGCCUUCGCUCCCACCUUCCUUGUUUACUGCAUACUGCGCUUCUUGGCAGGGUUCUCCACCGUGACUAUUUUGGGAAACACUUUUAUUCUCAGCUUAGAGUGGACAUUGCCCCGGUCGCGAUCUAUGACAAUAAUGGUGCUAUUAUGUUCCUACAGUGUUGGGCAGAUGCUCCUAGGAGGGCUGGCUUUUGCCAUUCAGGACUGGCGCAUAUUGCAACUGACUGUGUCUACACCCAUAAUUGUCCUCUUCUUGUCCUCUUGGAAGAUGGUGGAGUCUGCUCGGUGGCUGAUUAUCAACAAUCAGCUAGAUGAGGGCUUAAAGGAGCUUAGAAGAGUUGCACACAUAAAUGGAAAAAAGAAUACUGAAGAGACACUGACCACUGAGCUUGUGAGAUCCACCAUGAAGAAGGAGUUGGAUGCAGUCCAAAUUAAAACAUCCGUUUUUGCCCUGUUCCAUGCACCCAAAUUGAGAAUGAGAGUCUUCGGCCUGUGCUUUGUGAGAUUCGCAAUCACUGUACCCUUUUAUGGCCUGAUACUCAACUUGCAGCACUUAGGGAGCAAUGUCUCCCUGUUCCAGGUUCUCUGUGGAGCUGUCACACUCACAGCCAGAUGUGUUUCCCUUUUGACACUGAAUCAUAUGGGUCGUCGAAUAAGCCAGAUGUUGUUCACGUUCCCGGUGGGACUUGUCAUUCUGAUCAACACCUUUUUGCCCCAAGAAAUGCAGAUCCUGCGUGUGGUUUUAGCAACUUUGGGAAUUGGCAGUGUUUCUGCUGCUAGCAACAGUGCUUCUGUCCACCACAAUGAACUCGUCCCCACCAUAUUGAGGUCAACAGUUGCAGGAAUCAAUGCAAUGUCCGGUAGGACUGGGGCAGCACUGGCUCCUCUGUUGAUGACCUUAAUGGCAUAUUCUCCCCACCUGCCCUGGAUUUCCUAUGGAGUCUUCCCCAUCCUUGCUGUCCCUGUUAUCCUCCUCCUUCCAGAAACCAGGGAUCUACCUCUUCCUAACACCAUCCAGGAUGUGGAAAAUGACAGAAAAGAUUCAAGAAACGUAAAGCAGGAAGAUACUUGCAUGAAAGUAACACAGUUUUAAGAGAUUCCCAAGACCUGAUCCAAAGAAGAGCAAAAUGGGCGGGGGGAAUCAAGAUUAUGCCUUUAUACCUGCAAAACUAGCCAAAAAUAUAAUGUGCAGACAGGUGCCAUUUCUAAUUAUGGUACUACAUGUAUCAGUAAUUCCAAAAUACCUUAUAACUUUAAGUGAUUCCAUGAAAUAAUGAUUUGCUUUUGGGAAGAAGUUGCACAACUAGUUUCAAAUUCAUCCGAAAAUCACUAACAGCCAAGAUGAUUCAGGAAAAAGGGCAUCAUGGAGUGAUGAUCAGGCUGACUCAUAUAUGGUAAAGCACAUGCUGGACUUUUUAUAAAACUAUAAUCAACAAAACAGUAAUAGCAAAUGCAUUAUAAUUUGUUUGCAUUAACACACCGUAAUGACUCCAGAAACAUGCCCAAGUAUACAGAGUCUUCAAAAAAUUCAUGAAAAUGCAUAUUAUGAGUAAACUAUGCAUGGAGUUCAA